AUCUCACGCACACUUUCAACCCAUUCACAUUCCCAUCUCUACAUCAACUUGUUCGUACCUGAAUCCAUCACUUCAUCUUUCUCGAUCAUCAAGCGAUCCAUCCAAGAAAGUCUCUCUUCACCACAUCCAACUUCCAAGUAACUUUCCGAGUUAUUUGAUCCCAAACAUCCCAACAUUGUCUUUGUCUCUCGAUCAAGAUCGUGAGAUAUCGUAUCAGCUACACUUUUACUCCACCAAGUAAAACAAACAAACAAACCACCUUCCCAUCAUGUCUGCCGAGACAGCAACUCAACCCAUCAAUACAGCAAAUGCUGGUAAAGAUGCUGACCCAAUCCCUUUAACCAAGGUUGAUUCUGCGGUUCAAGGAUUAUCAAGUAGUCCUACUGAGGAAAAGAAGACCAUUGGUCAUCGGAGAACAAGCUCUAGUGCUCCUGGAGUAUGGAAUAUUAAUGACUUGGAGAAGGAGGGAAAGGAACUAGAGAUUGCGAAAGAAACUCAAAAGCUGAACUGGCGUAUAAAUAAGUCACCCAUGACUCUUGAGGAUCCGGAAAAGAGUUUCCUGAAGAAAUCUCUCACUACACCACCAGUCAAGAAGAUUGAUUUACAUUUCCCACUGGGAUUGGAAGUCACUGCGAGAAAUAUGAAGGGAGUUACGAUUAAAGAUGCAGUAGAUGCUAUUUACAAGCAAUUCCGUAAGAAGGCCGAUGAUGAAUUAGAAACUCCAGUCCUCGCAGGAUUCGAAUGGGAUAAAGAUGAAUCGUGGACUCGACUCGUCGUUCACUGCAAGAAAGAAGGAGCACCACAACCCAAGAAGAAGAGUAAGAAGGCCGGUAAAGAAGGAGAAGAAUUGUAGUUUCCCCACACUACACUUUCCACUUACCCCUCCCUUUCUGCACUACUCGUAGACUACACUUGUUGUUCGAAUAGAGCAUUGAUGGCGUGCGUGAUUAUGGAUGGAUUUUGCUUUUCUUGCUUCUUUUUAUCACUUAGGGAAUUGAUGAAUUUUUUUGCGUGGGAUAUGGAUGGAGGGAUGGAUGGAUGGGUUCGGAUAUGGUACUAGGUGGUUACCAUGAUUAUCUUCUCUCUCUCGCCAAUCAUGGCUUUACAACACAUGACGUGAUAUUUAUUGAGCUAGCUAGCUGGCAUGCUACGCUUUGCUAUCAUGAGAUUUUUUCGGAGGUCAUCAGAGUCGUCUAGAAGCUGUAGACUGGCUAGUAGAUAUGUAUACUAGUUAGGCAUUAGUUGAGGAUGUUCUGAUAGGAAUCAAUACUUUUCA